UUCAUAUAACAACUGAUGUCAAACUGAAACAUACGUUUAAAAGGUCUGAAUUUGUGCUACCUCCAUCCCUCAUAGUCCAUAACACUUAUACAAUCACUGCAGGCUUUUCAUCCUUGUCUUCAAAUGACGCAAGUUUAUCAAAUGUAUCUCUCCGUCCUCAAAUAAAGUCAAGCGCUGGAGGGAUAGACGUACAGGGCAAGGCGGUCUGGGGCGGGGAUAACUAGGCCAGACAGCCAAUCAGCGCAGGCUUCAAUUGCAGUAGUGAGAGUUGUAGUGCAGACAUGACAUCCAAUGACACCUCGGCUGUUGAUUAGACCAGAGGCUGUUUCACCGCAAUUAAAUCAUCUCCGGAGAAGAUCGAGAGAGAAGAGCAACUGACAACCCAAUCAAUACCAGUAGAUUUUAGACUUUUGAGGGGUCUCUGGAUGGGGGUCGCACGACUUUAGAGAGCGGGUUGAGAGAGUAGCCUAACAAAACUUCGGUUGUGAUAAAACAUUGGUUUUGAGUAAAUGUUAUCAUGGCGCUGGACUGCUCCUCUUUCUCCAUCAAGGACAUCCUCACCCGCGGACGUGACGCGCGAGACAACAUUCCAACUUCACGGAAUCUGACAGAACUCUGCACGUUAAAGCUGGCCUCCAUCAGCCAGGACCGGCAAACCGAGAGCAGGGAUGGGAGCUUGAGGGGCCCCGGUUCAUCCACUUCGGAUUGCAGUGACGAGCACAAAGGGGAUGAGAGGGAGAUGAAACACAUCCGCCAAGGAAGUAUUAGUUCCUCUCCUGGUUUGGGAGACACUAGGAACCCUACGUUCGAGUUCGGUAGUGAAGAGUCCACUGGGGAGGAGGCGGAACACAUGGCAUGCAAAAAAGACAUAAACAACAAACAACCCAGUAUCUAUCAGGACAAACAGAGGAAGGAAGAGGAGAAUGAGAGGGAGAGUAGUUACAGCACCGUGGGCCAAUCCAUAUCUGGUAACAAGAAGCGCUCCCGUGCGGCCUUCACCCACGCGCAGGUCUACGAGCUAGAGCGUCGGUUUAACUUGCAGCGCUACCUGUCCGGUCCCGAACGGGCGAACUUGGCGGGUGCCCUGAAGCUCACGGAAACCCAGGUGAAAAUCUGGUUCCAGAACCGGAGAUAUAAGACCAAACGGCGGCAGAUGGUGGCCGAAAUUGCCGCUUGUAGCUCCUCUACACCAGCCACACUGGCUAAGAAAGUGGCGGUGAAGAUCCUGGUUCGAGACGAUCAGAGACAGUACGGAGGGGACGAGCUGCAUCGUCCGCCUGCUCUGCCACUAUAUCCGGCCUACCAAUAUGGAUACAACCCCUACAUGUACUGCUUCCAGACAGGAAUCUCUAGCAAUGCGCUUUGUGGGGGGAUGCAUUGACACAGUGGUGUAGCUACAAUUCCUUAAGGCAUUCAUUAACUAUAUGGACUUACUAAAAGAUGAAAAAGACACUGGAUAACCAGACGACAUUUCUACAUGCGUCUAUGUGUAGCUAAAUACUUUCUUUAUUCUCUAUUGGAGAGUGAGGUCAUUUCAAAGCACAGGGAGCUUUUUGAUACUGUAUACCUGCAAAGCAAAUGGGCCUAUAGACAUUACACUGACAACAUUGAUGGACACAGCAAGAAGUAGUAGCCUAGAUAACAAUAUUGGAAUUAUUACGCAGUAAUGUGCAUCGAGUUUAAUUGUAUAGCCAACUAAUAACUAAAUAAAGCUUAAAAACUAGUUGGGAGUCAUCAUUAUCCUAAUGACAUUGUUAACACACACACAAAGUUGAUAGCUCAUUAUAAAACAGGAAAGGAGUACAUUCAACUGUGUCUUCCACAUUUAACCUAACCCAUCUAAAUCAGAGAGGUGCGGGGGCUGCCAUAAUCGACAUCUACGACGCACAGUAGGUUAACUGCCUUGCUCAGAGGUAGAAGGACAGAUUUUUACCUUGUCAGCUCAGGGAUUUGAUCAAGCAACCUUUCUUUACUGGCCCAACGAUAUAACCACUAGGCUACAUGAGGUAUGUAGGUUAAUUCAUGAUUAUGAAACAAUGUAGGCUAAUAUCAAGUGCUAAAUCGAAAUAAACAACAUUUCAAUUUCUAACAUUUUCAUAAACCUUUGAUAGACUUCUCGAUCUAAGCCUUGAACUUAAUAGGUCUAAUAACUUUUCACAUUAGUCGAUCUCAUAUAUGCAAUAGAUUCGUUAAAACAUUGAUACAACACAAAUACAAUUGAAAUACUUAGGUAAAUUAAGGAUUGUUAUUCUCCAAAUUAAGCCAACAUCCAUCUUCAUGAAAUUAUUAAAUUCGUAAGAGGAAAAAACAAAUAUAUGGAUUUCAUAUUGUGGGAUUUUUUUCCAAACAUUCUUAAGGAUUGAUAACGAAUUUCAUCAUGGCAGACACAAUAUAAGUACCAAUAAUAUCUGCAUUGUUUCUGCAUUUAGCUGCCUGUUAGAAGUUGAACCCACAAUAUGUGGACAGUAAACUUACACAACAUAACGAUGCAAAAGACGUUGCACCAAUGAGGACAUAAUGCGUUUGAACAUGGGUAUUAUUAGCCCAUGGUCGAGCUCUUGAAGACUACAAGUAACUAAAUUGAAUCACCGACAUUAUAACAUCUAAAAAUUCUAGGUUUAAAAAGAACCCAAUUUUAAAAUUGAAUAUGAGGCUUAGAAUGUAAAGGUAUAAAAUCAAAUAACAUGUUAUUUGUCACAUGCUUCGUAGACAACAGGUGUAGACUAUUUUUUAAAUAUUUUUUUAUUAUUUAACCUUUAUUUAACUAGGCAAGUCAGUUAUUAUGAACGACUUCUUAUUUACAAUGACGGCCUACCAAAAGGCAAAAGGCCUCCUGCGGGGCUGAGGGCUGGGAUAAAAAAAUAUAUAUAGGACAAAACACACAUCACGACAAGAGAGACAACACAACAUAAAGAGAGACCUAUAAGACAACAACAUAGCAAGGCAGCAACACAUGACAACAGCAUGCUAGCAGCACAAAACAUGGUACUAACAUUAUUGGGCACAGACAACAAUACAUUUUUACCUUUAUUUAACUAGGCAAGUCAGUUAAGAAGAAAUUCUUAUUUUCAAUGGCGGCCUAGGAACGGUGUUCCUGAAUCUUGUUCAGCGGAAGAACGACAGAUUUUUACCUUGUCAGCUCGAUUUUGCAACCUUUUGGUUACUAGUCCGCUACAUCACGCAACGCAGCCACAACUGUCAGUAAGUGUCCAUUAUUGAGUCUUUGAAUGAAGAGAUUUGUAAAUCGCUCUGGAUAAGAGCGUCUGCUAAAUGACUUACAUGUAAAUGUAAUGAGAUUGAGAUAAAACUGUCCAGUUUGAGUUUUUGUGCACUGACUAAGAGUGAAAUGCUUACUUCGAAUCCAAAGUUUUUAAAAAUAUAUUUUACAUUGAAAAUUACUAUUUUCAUUGACGGCCUCGGAACAGUGGGUUUACUGCCUGUUCAGAGGCAGAACGACAGAUUUGUACCUUGUCAGUCCGGGGGUUUCGGUUGCUGCUCUAACGCUCUAACCACUAAGCUACCCUGCCGCCCCCAGUUAAAGAUAAUAUAAAAAAUAAAAUACAAUAUUGAAAUAGUGACACGAGGAACACAGUGAAUAACGAAUAAAAAUAACGAGUAAAAAUAACAUGACUAGCCUUGAUAUAGGGAAUAGAAAAUAACAUGUCCAUAUACAGGGAGUACCAAUACGGAAUCAAUGUAAUUGAGGCAGCUAUGUACUGUACAUAUAGGUAGGGGUAAAGUGACGAAGCAACAUGAUAGAUAAUAGACAGUAGCAGCAACUUAUGUGGUGGGUGUGGAAAUAAAAAUAAAAAUAUAAAUUAAUAUAUAUUAAAUAUAUUUAAUACAACAGGAUGUCCCUUAGCUGUGUGUGUGUGUGUGUGUGUGUGUUGUGUGUGGCGUCAGUAUGCAUGUGUGUGCAUGUUAUGUGUGUUUCGGCGUAUGUAGUGUGUUAUCAUAGAGGAGGAUAGACUAGUUUGGCCAGUUUAUAUUUAUUACAUUUUAAUUGUAGACACUUUCACGCUUUCAAAAUGUUGAGCCAAAAAUCACAAUGAAUCUAACUAAAUACGUGCUGCUGACGUGGCCCUGAUUUGUUUUGUGGUUAAAGUGUGCAAAUGUCCCCUACCUUCUCCACAGGGUUUUAAGUGAUUUUCCAAACAGAUCUCGGAUAGUAUUGUCAUUAAGGACCAUAAAUAGUGACCGUGGUUGAAUGGUAGGCCUAAAUCAAUAUCAUAUUAAUAGUAGACCUGUAAUUCAUAUAGGCUAAUCAUACAUUUCCCUAUUGAUAAUACAUGUAUAACAAACCAAUUGUAAUACAAUCAUAAUCAUUUUAAUUAAAAUUCACAAAAUACAAACAUGUGUACACGACUUGCAAAUGUCUAGUGUAGUGCUGCCUACACAUAUAAUAAAAACACA